UAAUUAUAUCAGUGACUGUAUGAUAUUGUUUUGUUUUGUUGCGGUCCAUUAAUUUUUACCAUCUAUUUAAACCUUAUUUAGUUAACUGAGAUUUUUUUUCUUGUUUUGACAUUAUUGAUUUUGACUUAACUGUUGUGUUGGCUUUUACGAUGGAUGGUUUAAUUAAACUUUUUGUUGGUUCCUUACCAAAUAGUACAAACAACGAAGAUUUAAAAUCCAUAUUUUCUAAGUUUGGAACGCCUCAUAAUGCUUAUGUUGUUAUGGAAAAGGAAGAUUCUUUUCAAUCUUGUGGUUUUGGAUUUGUUGAGUUUGAGAAAAAAGAAGAAGCUGAUGCUGCAAUUACAGAACUCAAUGGUGUUUUUUCAGAAUAUGGUAAACUUUUAGUUAAGUAUUUUGAUGAAAAAAGUGACCCUAUUCUCUCUGAUGUAUCAAAUGGCUUUGUUGGCAAUAUGCAAAAUGUAUGUUCUAAUGUUUGUCAAACCAAUAUUAAUCAUCGUAAAAGAAAACUUGCAACUGUGAGCUUACCAUUUGAGAACUGUGACUUCCAGUCUAAUAAAAAAUUUGCUUUUGAAAAGUUUUCUGAAAGUUCAUCAAAUGGGAAAGUUUUUAAUGAUCCUAUUCAUGGCCAUUUUGAACUUCCAUCAUUAUUGGUUAGUCUUAUUGAUACUCAACAAUUUCAAAGAUUAAGACAUAUUAAGCAGCUUAGUGGUGCAUAUAUGGUGUUUCCUGGAGCCUCACACAAUAGAUUUGAACAUUCACUUGGCGUUGCUUAUUUAGCUGGAAGACUUUGUCAAACUCUUCAAAAGCGCCAGCCUGAAUUAAACUUGACACACAAAGAUAUGAUUUGUGUUCAAAUAGCUGGGUUAUGUCAUGACCUUGGGCAUGGUCCUUUUUCUCAUUUAUUUGAAACAGCUAUAUCAACUAAUGAUCCUGAUAAUAAUUGGAUGCAUGAACAAGCUUCUGUUGAUAUGUUUAAUCAUAUGAUAUCUGAAAAUAACUUAAAAAACUUGUUUGAAGAGAAUGGUUUUACUGCAAGAGAUAUGUGCUUUAUAUGUGAACUUAUUGCUGGACCAACCGAAGCUAAUCUUAAUGAACAGUUAUGGCCUUAUCAUGGAAGGGACGCCGAUAAAAGCUUCUUAUAUGAGAUAGUUGCAAACAAGAAAACUGGUGUUGAUGUGGACAAAUGGGAUUAUUUUUUAAGAGACUGUCACCAUCUUGGUAUUUCGAACAAUUUUGACUAUAAACGCUAUAUGAAGUUUGCUCGUGUCAUAUCAGUAAAUGGAAAAUUGCAAAUUUGUACAAGAGAUAAGGAAGUGAUGACUUUAUAUGACAUGUUCCAUACAAGAAACAGCUUGCAUAGAAGAGCUUAUCAGCAUAAAACUGUCAAAGUUUUGGACUUUAUGAUUUCUGAAGCACUUAUAAAAGCCAAUGAUCAUAUUUUUCUUCCAGGUACUGAUGGGAAAAUGGUUAAAAUUUUAGAUUCAAUUUAUGAUAUGAAGGCCUUUACAUUUUUAAAUGAUGAAGUAUUGACAUUAAUCCAAGUAUCGACCAAUGAAAAUUUAAAACCAUCUCAAAAUAUUUUAAGAAGAAUUCAACGUAGAGAUUUAUACAAGUAUAUUGGAAAAGUUGUUCUUUUUAAACCAAUCAGCAAGAAAGACAUUCACAAUAUUAGGCAUGAAAUUACUGAUAUUCUGAAAGUAAACACCUGCAACUCAAAUGAAGUGGAUGAUUUUGAUCCAGAUGAUAUUGUAAUUCAUGUCAUUGGUUUUGAUUAUGGUAUGAAAGACAGUAAUCCUGUUGAUAAAGUUUUCUUUUAUACCAAGCUCCAACCGGAUAUACCAGUUCUUCUUCCAAAAGAUCAAGUUAGUCGUAUGCUACCUGAAAUAUUUGCAGAACAACAUUUACGAUGUUAUUGUAAAAGAAACGAUAUUACUUUUACAACAAAAUUGCAAAGGGCUUGGGGAGAGUGGAAAGAUAUAUACAUCUCAAGAUCUUCAUAAAAGUUAGAGAGGUUUAAAACACCUGAUGAUGACGGUACUACAAUGAACUAAUUUUUUCGAUUUUGGAU